GUAAUUUGCCUUCAGCACAGCGCAGUUGCGGUGUUACUGUUGGAAGUUUGAGCUUAUAUGUGCGAGGUGAUAAUAAGCACUACACAGUAUGUUUGGCAGAAGAUUUAUUCCAAAGAUCGCCGCUUUCUUUCCAACGGGAACCAUGAAUAAUUCGAUUUCUCGGUCAAGAAACGCAUGGCUACUUACGGGACAAUACAACAAGUAUGCUAGCAGCGCGAAAAGCAAGCGUCGGUCGAAGGACAGACUAUGUUGGAAGUGCAGCGCUAUACUCAAAUCAGCAGUGGAGUUCUUCUGUCCUUCUUGUAACAUAAUUCAAAGGCCAUCAAAGACAGCAACGUAUUUUGAGCUGCUGAACAGCCCCAAAACAUUUGACAUCAACACAACACAGCUGGCAGAGGAGUAUAAAAGACUACAGUGGAAACUACAUCCUGAUAAAUUUAGUGACCUGUCAAAGAAUGAGAAAAGCUUAUCUGAGGAGCAGUCAUCGCUGGUAAAUGAAGCUUACCAUACUCUUCUAAAGCCACUCAAGAGAGGCCUGUAUCUUUUAAAUUUAAAUGGUGUACCUGUUACAGAAGAUGAGGCAACAUCGACAGAUGUAAAAUUCUUGAAUGCAAUAAUGGAAAAAUAUGAACAAAUUUCAUCAGAUGAGGAGAAAGCAAAGGAAGUCUAUAUUGAAAAUACUGGAGAUCUGAAGGAGUGCCUUAAAAAUGUUUCAAGUGCUUUUGAGAAAGGGGAUAUGGAGACGGCUAGGCAGGAGAUGGUGAAGCUGAAUUAUUUCUCUAAAAUAGAUGAAUUUAUCAAGGAACGAGAGAGCUGGGACUAAUCGAUCAGUCACAACAACAAGGCAAACAGUGUGUCCAAACUUGAGGACCGAUACCACACAUGAAAUAUAACUUGAAGUGGAUUUUACUCAGAUAAGGACCAGAUGAUCUGUCCGGACGGAUAAUCAUUCUGUAGUAUAAAUCGAGCCAUCUUCAGUUCCCCUUAGCCUAUGUUGUCGAGAGAGCCGCCAUCUCGCAGUUAAAAGACUAGAUUUUUUUUCCUAAUAAUUUACAAGCAACAAUUUCUGCGCUCUCGUAUUGGCUAAGGGUACGUCAGAACAGUGCAGAAAAUUGAAGCUGAGUGCAGAAAAAAGAAAUCAAUUCAGCGCAAAGCGGUGAAAUGAAAACUGUUGGACAGAUACGGCAGCUUCAUGCACAAUCGAAUCUCGGACAAAAAAUGCGUACAAAGAGAAUGCUUAAUUCAAACUGUGUACAACGACGUUUUAAUGCAAACACUUGAAAUGUGAAGCAUAGCGAGAAGACUAGUUAUAUAUAUCUCGAGAGGUAACCGCUCGUUUCGCCCGAUGUCAGUUCACCCGGACUACAAGGACUGUAAGUCUGUUCACUCGGACUGAAAGUUUCAAGAACGAUAUGUUUAAAAGCUUUCUUUCUUUAAACUAAACGAGCGAAAAAGACAACAUUUCGGAACAUUGUGGGGAAAAUGAAACAAAUAUACAAAAAAUAUGCCAGCUCUCGUUUUUUAAUCCACUGACUACGGAGCUGACAGUCCAGGCCAACCGACCAUCCGUUCCAGCGAAUGGAUUCGGGCGAACUCACUUCCGGGCGAAACGACCGCAGUUCUCUCGAGGUGAGAAAGACGAGUAAUCAACGUAAAAGUUUUAAGGACUAAGACGUAACACAUUAUGCCCGCAUAUUUUGGAGCAUAGUAUGGGUAGAGUAUCGUGCAUAAUGGGGGCAUGCAUUUUGAAAGAAAACAAUUUUAUUUUAUGUUUUGUUGAUAUUUAGACCUUUUUAGCUACUAGUCAGUUGUGGUAACAGGUUUUUGGGCCGCUUAAGUUGUUAUCCUUGUUACAACAAUCCAGAGGGAAACACGCUUGCAGCGACGGACUUUGUCAGACUCCUAGAGGACUCGGGAUCUGUUACAGCAAAACAAUCCAACGGGAAGACAGAGAAUACGCAGUUACUUGGGUCCAACUGUAGAGUUUAAUCCACUGCCGUACUCAUAUCAGAACGUAACCCGAAUGUAACCAAUACGGGAUGGUGGUAUCCGGCGUCCCACCACCGGGAGCGUAACCGAAGAACAAUUUACAAAACACCUGUAUUUAUGCUAGACUCUAAACAAGUAAUCUAAUAUUUCGUUUAGUAAUCCUAAACUGCUAUUGGCUGCCAGUGAGCUCAUCGUUGUUCUAGGCUAUUUCGUCAUAGGUAGUCAGUUAUUCUGCUCGUAAAUAUUAACUACUUACAACUCAGGUAGUUCUCAGUACAAGGUGUUACACGAUAAUACAGAUAGACAGGUGGUUACUAUGGUUAUUGGACUUUCACUUGACUGCUAACUGUUGGCUUUUUUAUGAUUAUGAAUACUGGCAAAUUCUCCCCUCACACAGUCCAUUAAAUUGGUAAAAAAUUGUGAAUAUCUCUAGCUGUAAGGUUUAUUAAAAAGUCGCGUGUGCUGAAAGUACACACGACACCAAAAACUAAUGUGGAUGCACCUAUGACCAAAAAACCAAUUUCUUGUACUGUUUACAAGCAACCUUUCAAAAUUGCUAUUUCACAAUACGAUAGUGAAUAUGGGCAAAUGCAUCAGUCUUUUUAUUCGGUUUAAAAUGAGAAAGAUAUAUUACGCGUCUUAUUACCAGUUAGAAGUCGCUUGUAACACCUUGUUCGAGAACACGACACAAUGAUAUCCCGAGCACCGCGCGGCGCGGCCUCCAUUCUUGUCCCCAGUGCUGGUCGUUUUAAAAGUCGAUCACAUGACUAAAAGAAACGGAGGCUCUGGGGAGGAGAAUGCCGCGCCUAUCACUCCAUCGAAACAGUGAAAAUUAUUUCGAUCGUUCAUUUGGUGAAAGAAAUAGAAUUUGUUUUCUUGUGUGCCAAGAGAAAAAGGUUGGGGUGCAGCCGCUGAGUCGUGCAGCGUUUUUAUCCACAGCUUUUCUUUAACACUGGGCUGCGCGCGCUUUAACUGUCUGUGGAUGUUGUUUGUAAAAUUUCUACUAAUUAACACAGGGGCAUUUCCUAAAGUAAAUAAAAACUUUUGCGAUAAAAAACCUGGAUGUAAACAAAACGCAAACAACUUUACUGGGUAUCAAUUGGUAUUUUUAUUGGUACUUAAAACUGAACGUCACUUCCGUCGACAUAAUUUUCAUUGUGAUUAUGACGUAUAAUUAACAAGUUUGAUUCGUUCGUAUGA